GGGUCAAGAGGAAAAAAAGGAAAUAAACAGAGUAAACUGCAUGGACAUUCGACUAGUAAACGGCAUUUAACUUGCAUGGCAAAAUGGGAAGCUUAUACUUCAACCAUAAUAACAGGAAGUGUCCACUCUCAAGUAGCAUCGAGCCACAAGCUUCUUGUAGAAAAAAAUGUCCAAUAUAUUAAAACUCUUGUUGAUAUAACAUUAUAUUUUCACUGCUAAAAGAUUAUCUAAUAGGACAUUUUAAAGAAAUUUGCAGUUUGAUUUCAAAACACUAUCUAGAAUUUACAGAAAAGUUUCAAAAUACUACCAAUUACACUAGUCAUGCUGUGCAAGAUAAGUUGGCUAAUUUAUGUGCUGAGAACAUAAGACAUAAAAUUACAAAAGAAAUUGAAGACACUAAAGUUUUUGGUAUAAUGUGUGAUGAAGCUAGGUGUUUUAAGCAAGAACAAAUGUCUUUAUGUGUAAGGUAUACUGUUGGCCUUAAUAUCGUAGAACGAUUUCUGGGAUUUAUUGACGUUUCUGACAAACAAGAUGCUGAAUACCUAAGUGCCCAUAUAUUUGCUUAUCUUACUAAAAAUAACAUGUUGUGGCACAAUCCUACGAUGGGGCUAAUAUAAUGUCUGGAAAGUUCAAUGGUGUUCAAGCUAAAAUUAAAAAUAAAUUUCCAUAUGCCAUUUAUACGCAUUGUAUGACCCACCGUAUAAAUCUUGUAGUAAUUGAUAUGUGCAAAUAUGUUAAGGAGACUACUCAGGAGACUAGGACUGUUUUUAAUACUAUUGAAGGGUUAUAUAUCCAUUUUUCUCAUCUAACUAAAAACCAAAUGCUUGUUAACAUGCAAAAACAGUUGAGAAUAAAAAGUAUUCAUAUUGGUUGCUUAAGUGAUACUAGAUGGAACUGUCGGCUUAAGAACUGUGAAGCAAUAUUACACAAUUAUAAAGCUAUUAUUAACGUUUUACAGGAAGAAACAGAUAAUCAAACUGAUAGAAAUGCAAAUGAAGCUUUAGGUAUACUUACAAAUAUGUCAACAAGCUCAUUUGUUUAUUUAAAAAAAUAUAUUUUCUACAAUAAAUAUUCAUUGGAACAUGUUUCAAGAAAAAAAUGCAACACUAGGCAAUGCAGCAAUUCUUAUCAAGAGUGUUUUACAAACUUUUGAAAAUGGUAGAUCUACUCUUGCUUUUAAUAAUUUAUGGUUAGAAAUCCAAGACUUUGCUAAAGACUACAACAUUAACUUUGAUAUAUCAUUUCAAACACAAAGAUUAAAACGAAUAAGAAGAGAACCUAAUAGACUUAAUGAUUUUGUUUUGAUUACUACUUCUGGUGCUGAAGAACCCAAUGAAGUUGAUAAUGCUACUGCUGAAGAUUCAUUUCGUGUAAAUGAAUACUUUAAAAUUUUAGAUUCCAUUAUUGUCAAUACGAAGAAACGGUUUUGUACAGAAAGUUUGGAAAUGGCUGAAUCUAUUGAUAACUUUUUUAAACUAAACAUUGAAUUCUGGACCACUAUAAGGAGUUAUUAGAUAUCGAUUGUUAUAAUUUAAAAUCUGAAAUUAAUGUUGUAAAAAACUACUUAACAUUAACAACUGGAAAAGAUGAUAUCUCCUUAGAGGAUUUUAAAACAUGUAUUGUUGUGAAUGCCUACCCAAAUAUUUUUAAGCUUCUAGAGGUGGCGUUAACUUUACCAAUAAGUUCAGCCACUUGUGAACGCUCUUUUUAUGCAAUGCGCUGAAUAAAAACUUGGAUGCGAUUUUCAAUGGUUGAAAAUAGAUUCAAUGACCUUUCUAUUAUAAAUAUUUGAAAAAGAUUUGGCCUAAAAGAUUAAUAAUAU